GUGUACAGCUGGAAAAGGCUUUACACCUUUACCCAACAUUCUCUAUUUCCCAAAUCCUGCUGUCGACUAAAGCUCCCACACUAACACACACACACACACACAGACACCGACGCCGUUAAUUAGCUAUGUCGGAAGUUGUCACGCCGACGACGCCGACAGUUUUCGACCCAACCGCCGAAGCAGCCGAGAAGGCGCUCUGCUUUCGUGGCAUUUGGGCGUGGCUGGUGUUGAUCCUGCUGAUUGGCUUGUGUGUGAUCUCAGUGAUGUGGCUGCUUCGUAAGAUCAUCCAAGGUCCGGUUUAUCGCAAGAAGAAUCGCAUCGAUGGCAAAGUGGUUAUCGUAACCGGCUGCAAUACGGGCAUUGGCAAGGAGACGGUGCUGGAGUUGGCCCGAAGAGGAGCCAAGAUCUAUAUGGCAUGUCGGGAUCCCGCACGCUGUGAGGCAGCUCGCAUUGAGAUCAUUGAUCGCACACAGAAUCAACAGUUGUUCAAUCGCAGCUUGGAUCUGGGAUCAUUGGAGUCGGUGCGCAACUUUGUGGCAAGGUUCAAGGCGGAGGAAACCCGGCUCGAUCUGCUGAUCAACAAUGCGGGCAUCAUGGCCUGUCCACGCUCCUUAACCGCUGAUGGCUAUGAGCAGCAGUUUGGCGUCAAUCAUCUGGGUCACUUUCUGCUAACGAAUCUUCUGCUGGAUCGUCUCAAGCAAUCCUCUCCGAGUCGCAUUGUUGUGGUCAGUUCGGCGGCACAUAUUUUUGGACGGAUCAACCGUGAUGAUCUGAUGAGCGAGCGGAAGUACAGUAAAUUCUUUGGCGCGUACAGUCAGUCCAAAUUGUCGAACAUACUCUUUACACGGAAACUGUCCACGUUGCUCAAGGACUCCGGCGUUACGGUCAACUGCUGUCAUCCGGGUGUGGUGCGCACGGAGCUAAAUCGUCACUUUGCCGGACCCAACUGGUUGAAGAGUACACUCAAAGUGGUCUCGCUGUAUCUGUUCAAGACGCCACGUGCCGGAGCACAGACCUCGUUGCGUCUGGCGCUCGAUCCGUCGCUGGAUGGAUCCUCGGGUGACUAUUACUCCGACUGCAUGCGUUUCCCGCUGAUGCCCUGGGCACGUGACAUGGACACGGCCAAUUGGCUUUGGCGUGAGAGCGAGAAACUUGUCGGUCUGCCUCCGAUUGAACCGCCUCAGGCAGCGACCAAUGGCCAAAAUGGCAAUGGAACACAUGCAGCCAAUGGAGCAGCCGUUACAGUGGACACUGUUGUCGUCGAUCGCACAUCCAGCUAAGAGACCAAACCAGUUAACAAACUAACAGACCAGUCUACGAUUAAAGCGCAUCCUCGACCAAACGGAAGCACAUUUCUGGAACCAGUUUUAAAAGGCAGAACAUCUAAAAACCUUAAAAGGGAAACAGAUCACAGAUCAAAAUUAUCAUUUUGCUUGGAAUGUUUUUUUGCGCUCAGCUUUAUGUUUAUUGUAGCAAUUUAUUUAAAUGCA